AUGCGAGCAUAUGUAGUGAACGAGUGGGUCCAUCCGUCUCAGCUCAAGCUUGUCGACGACGCGCCAGAGCCGGAAGCUACAGAGGACGAGAUAAUCGUGGAUGUAUACUCGUCAGCUUUGAAUUUCUUCGAUAUAUUGCAAGCUCAAGGAAAAUAUCAAAUUAAGCCUCCAUUCCCUUUCACCCUUGGUGCAGAGUUCGCUGGCAAAGUUGCCAAAGGCUCUCCAAUUCCAAAAGGUUGUCCCUACAAGCCUGGCGACAGAGUCUUUGGUAAUGCACAAGGAUGCUUUGCAGAUAAAGUGGCUGUCAAAUGGCAGGCUGCGAAUCGGCUUCCGGAUAACCUGACUUUCGACCAGGGUGCAGGACUAUACAUUACGUGGCCGACUAGCUAUGAGGCUCUGGUUGGUCGUGCAGAGCUCAAGCCAGGCGAAACUGUCCUCGUCAAUGCAGCCGCCGGCGGUGUUGGCAUUGUUGCUGUUCAAUUGGCCAAAGCACUGGGCGCUACAGUCAUUGCAGCAGCUGGAUCACAGUCUAAACUUGAUAUUUGUAAGACGUAUGGGGGAGCUGAUUAUACGGUAAACUACACAGAAAAGGACUGGCAGAAAGAAGUCUUGCGUAUCACGAGUGGUCAAGGCGUAGAUGUUGUCUAUGAUCCAGUUGGGCGAAUUGCUGAUUCACUAAAAUGCAUCGCCUUCAAAGGGAGAGCCCUCGUAAUCGGCUUCGCCGCAGGCCAGAUCGAGAAGCUUCCGUUAAACAUAGUACUACUGAAGAAUAUUACUGUCAUGGGCCUUCACUGGGGCUUGUAUACCUACAAGGAACCAUCUCGCAUUCCCGUAGUAUGGGAGGAACUGCUAGGGCUAUUCGCUUCUGGUCGCAUUAAACCGAUAAUAUAUGACAAGAUCUUCUCCCUGGAUGAGGUCACAGUAGGGUUGGAUGCACUGGAGAGACGACAGACAUGGGGGAAGGUCAUUGUUCACAUCAAGGACGAAAAGCAGAGAAUUGUAGCGAAGCUUUAA